CUACCGGCUUCAACUUCUUCCCUGGCUACAUCUUUACUCUACUGGUUAGGACUCUUCUUUCCCUGCUGUUGGCUGUCAACAACUCAUUACCCAAGAGGGAGUCUUCCCUCCACUUGGAUCUCACUUUCACCUCUCUUCCUGUGUUCUACUUGCCCACAUUACGCCAUGCCCUUCCCCGCCUAGACUACUUUAUUCUCUCUGGCCUCUCCAACCCAGACACCCAUCACCACAGUUGCAUCAUGCCGCGCGAAAAGUUUGCCAGACAGUCGCUUGGUGCAGCGCACCGGCUCGUCAGAGAGUCGCGCGUUCUCCUCGUCGGCGCAGGCGGAAUCGGCUGUGAGCUCCUCAAGAACCUCGUCCUGACCGGCUUUGGCGAAAUACAUGUCAUUGACCUCGAUACCAUCGAUCUGAGCAACCUCAAUCGUCAAUUCCUCUUUCGACAAGAACAUAUCAAGAGACCCAAGGCUCUAGUCGCGAAAGAGGUGGCUCAGAAUUUCAACCCCAAUGUCAAACUCGUUGCCUACCAUGCCAACAUCAAAGAUAAACAGUUCAAUUUGGAAUGGUUUUCAAGCUUCAACCUCGUGUUCAAUGCGCUGGAUAACAUGGAUGCCCGGCGGCACGUCAACAAGAUGUGUUUGGCUGUUGAUGUUCCCCUGAUCGAAUCUGGCACGACAGGUUUUAAGGGUCAAGUCCAGGUCAUCAAGAAAGACAAGACAGCUUGUUACGAUUGCACACCGAAGACCACUCCUAUUUCCUAUCCUGUCUGCACGAUACGAAGUACGCCCAGCCAACCGAUCCACUGCAUCGUGUGGGCGAAGAGCUACUUGCUGCCGGAACUGUUCGGAGUCCGCGAGGAUGAGACUCCCGAGAUGGACGAGACAGAAGAUUCAAAUAAUGCGGCCGAGAUUGAGGAGCUCAAACGUGAGGCGCAGGCACUGAAGAAAAUCAGAGAAUCAAUGGCCUCGGAUGACUUCGUAAAACAGGUCUUCGACAAGGUCUUCAAAGAGGACAUCGAGCGGUUGGCAAAGAUGGAAGACAUGUGGAAAGACAAAAAGCCGCCCGAGCCCCUGUCAUACGACGUCCUCGAACAAGAAGCUUCUACGCUCAACAGCUCAAUCCUAGAAGAUAGUCAACGGACAUGGUCUGCGUCAGAAAACUUUCUCGUCCUCAAACACAGCCUGGCUCGCUUGUCGAAGCGACUAGCUGAAGGACAAGCAGCAGCUGCGAAGGCUGGUCAACCACCACCUACGAUCUCGUUCGAUAAGGAUGACGACGAUACCAUGGAUUUUGUUGCCGCUGCUGGAAAUCUACGGGCCAUCAUCUUCGGCAUUGACCCUAAGUCAAAAUUUGACAUCAAGCAAAUGGCGGGCAAUAUCAUUCCUGCUAUCGCAACUACAAACGCCAUGGUUGCAGGCUUAUGCGUGAUGCAAGCAUUCAAAGUUCUGAGAGGAGAAUAUGCUCGAACGAAAUGGUUAUGGCUUUGGAAUGGGGCGUUAAGGACAGAUCGGUUAGAAGAUCCGAACCCAGAUUGCCCCGCUUGCAGUGUCGCUAUGGCAAGAGUGCAAGUCGAUCUCGAAAAGGCUACCUUGAAAGAUCUGGUGGUGGACAUCCUGCGGAUGAAGCUGGGCUAUGGCGAAGAAAUCACAGUAUUGAGCGAAGCCGGAGUUAUCUACGACCCAGAUCUGGAAGAUAACCUUGAGAAGAAACUCCCCGAGCUCAGUAUCUCAGACGCGAGCUUCAUCGUGGUCAAGGACGAUGAGGAUGGGAACCCGCGAAUCGACCUCCAACUGGCCAUAGAAGCGAAGAAGUUGGAGGACCAGUCACAGACAAUUAUGCUUGUUGAGAAAGAAGGCGGGACAUUUGAGAUACCACGGAGAACGAAGAAGGCACCGCUUCCUGACGGCGACAAAGCCACUGAGGUUGGUGAGGGCCAUGCAGCUGUCUCAAAUGGGAUUCCCCUCUCGACCGGCAAACGAAAACGACCACUUGACGAAGAAGCCGAAGCAACUGGUACGCCAGCAAAGAAGUUGCAAGGCCCUAUCAAUGCAGAGGUCGCCAAGAACCCAGCUAUGCAUGCUAUCGUGAUUGACGAGGACGACGGAACGCUUUUGAUUGCAGAUGACGACUAAACGGGCACUAAGAUGGCGUUCAAGACCACACAGAUUCAUGUGUUUGCGUCUGUCGAACCAGCUGGAAAUGGUCUGCAUAGUCGGACGGUUCCCGAAGCCAAGGGAUAGGCCUACCAGCAUAAUUUGGCCCGGACUGCAUACUCGCAAGCGCGUGGACUUGUCCAUGUUCUAUGAUCUCGCUAGAGAUUUUGAGAUAGAGGCCACCGACAUGGACAGCAAGAGCUGGAAGACGAAUGAAAUGUACAUAUAACAGCGCAUUCUGCAUGAGCUUGUCUAAUGUUGGAUACGAUCUCUUCCCUGACGGGCAUGAAGGAGAGAAUCGACAAAUAAAUAAACAGAAGAAACGACCAGAAUAUCACGAAAUCACCUCCAAUAGGAGAUCGAUAUCAGCUUG